AUGCCGAACGUUCGCGCUGAGAUCCCGGCGCCGCCGUGUCAAGAUACCCACUUGAGAUUUGCCACCGCGAUGAGCGAAGCCGAAGAGAUCUGCGGCGGCAUUGCCUGCGCCGCGUUCUGCGGUAUCUGCUGCGUCGCGGCCGCCGAAGAAGACAAGCGCGAGCGGGAAGCGUCGUUCGCUCAGAAGAACCAGGCCCCCGUCGGCCCCAUCACGCCCGUCGCCGUCACGACGCUGCCGCCCAGUACACUCGGCAAGGCGACGCUACUGCCGAUCGAAGCCACUGGCAAGAAGACGCCAACCAAGUCGAAGAAGAAAGGAUCCACCGAGACAAAGCCUCGGUACGUGUAG